UGAGUGUGGGAGUUUGAGGGGUGGGUGACGUCAAGUGUACUCAGGUUGUCUGGACAGGAUCAGUGGGGGCAAGGCAGGCCUGGAGUGGCAUUCCACUGGGCACUUGGAUGUGACCUCGGUUCCUGGUCUGGGAGGUGCUUGCUUCAGUGGAGCCAUGGAGAGGUUGACAAUGGGUGGAAUGUGGCCCCCUUAGGACCCACACUUCAGUGGUGCGCAGGCAUGCCGGCCGAGCCCUGUGCUUUUGCAAGCCUGUUACCCAGCAGUUGAAUGACCAAGGAGAUUUCAGAUUUCCCCAGGGCUGACAGCCAGGCUGUCACCAGGCAGUGCUGGUUUUCCCAGGGUCCAAGGGUUUUUCAGGGUGGAGGGGGCUCUGGGGGUAUUCCAGGAACUUUUCUUAACAGCUGGGUAAAUUGAGAUCCAGAGAGAGCAAGGCACUUGACCAAGGUCUCACAAGGCCACCUCCCUCCUAUCUGUCACCUCCCUCUGUUCCCACGUCCCUUGUUUAGACUCCUGGCCUCCUGCCUGGACAUUUGUAACAACCUCCAUCUGCUGGGCUCUCCAAGAGCUUUGUUUGUCUUCCUAUUAUCCUAAUCUUGCCAUAACCUGCCAGGCACACAUGCUGUUUGAUUGUGUCUGCUCUACUUUCCCCUCUGGUCCCAGACAGAGCACAGAGGUUCCAAGUGCAGACCACAGAGCCGGACUGACCUCAGUUUGAAUCCCAGCUCUGGACCUUCCUAACACGACAAACUGGGGCAAGGUACUCCACAUUUCUGAGCCUCAGUGUCUCUGCGAAAUGCAAACAGUAGCAGUACUUAGUUUAUGAGGUUAUCUUGAUGAUUAAAUGAGAUAAUAUGACAUGCUAGGUUUAAUACCUGCACAGAAUGAGCUCUCAGAAAUGGUCAUUUUUGGGGCUUCCAAGGUGGCGCAGUGGUUAAGAAUCCGCCUGCCAAUUCAGGGGACACGGGUUUGAUCCCUGCUCCAGGAAGAUGCCACAUGCCACCGAGCAACUAAGCCUGUGUGCCAAAAAAAAAAAAAAAAAAAAAAAAACCCCACCACCAACAACAGAAAGUCAUUUUGGGGAGCUCCCUGGUGGUCUAGUGGUUAAGACUUGGCACUUUCACUGCCAUGGCCUGGGUUCAAUCCCUAGUCAGGGAACUGAGAUCCCACAAGCCAUGUGGUGCGGCCCAAAAAAGGAAAAAAACGGGGUCAUUGUUAUAAAGGCCCAUCAGUGCUGGUUGAACUGAAAAGUCAAGGGCAUGGAGGAGUAGACAAAGCUGUGGACCUGGAGGCAGAAGAUGUGGGCUCCGAGUUCAUUGCCAAACGUUGCCUCACUAUGUACUUUUUGGGAAGUCACUCUUCCUCCAGGAACCCUACUUUCCUCAUUUAAGAAAGAGGGAAGAAAUCCCUGCCGUGAUCUUAGAAGCUUGUCAUGUGAUGCCAGGGCAGCAUCUGUGAAAAAGCUUUGCAUCUGUGUAAUGAUUUAAAACUGGCACAGCGGUGGCUGUGGUGUGCUGAUGGCGAUGAGGAUGUUGUAGCCACAGCAGUGGACAGCUGGCUGGGCUGGAGGCUGGUCAGUCUGCAAAUGCUCAGUGCCCACACAGGCUUCCUGUCCCUACCUGCCUGCUCCCGCCUCCAGCAGCAUGCCUUUUGCAUUAGCCUCAGCAUCGCACACGCGAAGAUGUGGGAGGUGCAAAGACCCAACGGCAUCUUCCGAGCCAUCGUGCGGCUGUGUUAAAUGAGGAGCGUGGAGCCAUUGAGAAGACAUGGCGACGUGAAGUAGAGCUGAGCGGCUGCUGCCUGGAGCUCUGCCUUGGCCCUGGGGGCCCCCCUGAGCAAGCGGCAUGCGGCAUCCCCGGGCCUGCCCAGCGUCCUUCAGCCCACUGCCCAGCCCCCCCAGGAGGCCCUGACGCCCUGGGGCACUUCUGCUGUGCACAGGACCACGUGGGGGUUUGCCAUGGUGACAUAAAGGGGCGCAGAGGAAGGAAGGAGCGCGACCAGCCUCGGACUGCGCCCCUGGCUGGGAGGGAGGGCCGGGGCCCCGAUCCUCCACUGCCCGGUGCAGGCCUUGCUCGCUGAGUCUCUGACUUUGUUGGGGGACAACUCGGGUGUCUCCUCCUGCGUGGGGCCUUGGGGUGGCCAGGGCAGGGUGGGCCCCCGGUGGCCGAGGUCUCGGGGGCCAGGAUGCCCGCCCUGGCACGCCUCCGCAGGCUGUGUCGGCAUGUGUCCCCGCAGGCUGUCCUCUUCCUGCUGUUCGCCUUCUGCCUGUUCAGCGUUUUUGUCUCAGCCUACUACCUGUAUGGCUGGAAGCGGGGCUUGGAGCCCUCGGUGGACGCCCCUGAGCCUGACUGUGGGGACCCGCCACCCGUGGCCCCCAGCCGCCUGCUGCCGCUCAAGCCCAUACAGGCGGCUGCCCCUUCCCGCACGGACCCGUUGGUGCUGGUGUUCGUGGAGAGCCUCUACUCCCAGCUGGGCCAGGAGGUGGUGGCCAUCCUGGAGUCCAGCCGCUUCAAGUACCGCACAGAGAUUGCACCUGGCAAGGGCGACAUGCCCACGCUCACCGACAAGGGCCGUGGCCGAUUUGCCCUCAUCAUCUACGAGAACAUCCUCAAGUACGUCAACCUGGACGCCUGGAACCGAGAGCUGCUGGACAAGUACUGUGUGGCCUAUGGUGUGGGCAUCAUUGGCUUCUUCAAGGCCAACGAAAACAGCCUGCUGAGCGCGCAGCUCAAAGGUUUCCCCCUGUUCCUGCACUCGAACCUGGGCCUGAAGGACUGCAGCAUCAACCCCAAGUCCCCACUGCUCUACGUGACCCGGCCCAGCGAGGUGGAGAAGGGCGUGCUGCCCGGCGAGGACUGGACCGUGUUCCAGUCGAACCACUCCACCUACGAGCCGGUGCUGCUGGCCAAGACGCGCUCGUCCGAGUCUAUCCCGCACCUGGGCGCGGACGCCAGCUUGCACGCCGCGCUGCACGCCACUGUGGUCCAGGACCUGGGCCUCCACGACGGCAUCCAGCGCGUGCUGUUCGGCAACAACCUCAACUUCUGGCUGCACAAGCUCGUCUUCGUCGACGCCGUGGCCUUCCUCACGGGCAAGCGCCUCUCGCUGCCUCUGGACCGCUACAUCCUGGUGGACAUCGAUGACAUCUUUGUGGGCAAGGAGGGCACGCGCAUGAAGGUGGAGGACGUGAAGGCCCUGUUUGAUACGCAGAACGAACUACGGACACACAUCCCAAACUUCACUUUCAACCUGGGCUACUCAGGGAAAUUCUUCCACACAGGUACCGAUGCUGAGGACGCAGGGGAUGACCUGCUGCUGUCGUAUGUGAAGGAGUUCUGGUGGUUCCCCCACAUGUGGAGCCACAUGCAGCCCCACCUUUUCCACAACCAGUCUGUGCUGGCUGAGCAGAUGGCCCUGAACAAGAAGUUCGCUGUCGAGCACGGCAUUCCCACAGACAUGGGGUACGCGGUGGCGCCCCACCACUCGGGCGUGUACCCUGUGCAUGUGCAGCUGUACGAGGCCUGGAAGCAGGUGUGGAACAUCCGUGUGACCAGCACGGAGGAGUACCCCCACCUGAAGCCAGCCCGCUACCGCCGCGGCUUCAUCCACAACAGCAUCAUGGUCCUCCCACGGCAGACCUGCGGCCUCUUCACACACACCAUCUUCUACAACGAGUACCCUGGUGGCUCCAGUGAGCUGGACAAGAUCAUCAACGGGGGCGAGCUCUUCCUCACCGUGCUCCUCAACCCUAUCAGCAUCUUCAUGACGCACCUGUCCAACUACGGGAACGACCGCCUGGGCCUGUACACGUUCAAGCACCUGGUGCGCUUCCUGCACUCUUGGACCAACCUCCGGCUGCAGACACUGCCCCCAGUGCAGCUGGCCCAGAAGUACUUCCAGAUCUUCUCUGAGGAGAAGGACCCACUCUGGCAGGAUCCCUGUGAAGACAAACGCCAUAAAGACAUCUGGUCCAAGGAGAAGACAUGUGACCGCUUCCCAAAACUCCUCAUCAUUGGCCCCCAGAAAACAGGCACCACGGCCCUCUACCUGUUCCUGGGCAUGCACCCCGACCUCAGCAGCAACUACCCCAGCUCCGAGACCUUUGAAGAGAUCCAGUUUUUUAACGGCCACAAUUAUCACAAAGGCAUCGACUGGUACAUGGAGUUCUUCCCUAUCCCCUCCAAUACCACCUCCGACUUCUACUUUGAGAAAAGCGCCAACUACUUUGAUUCAGAAGUGGCUCCCCGGCGGGCAGCCGCCCUGUUACCCAAGGCCAAGGUCCUGACCAUCCUCAUCAACCCAGCAGACCGAGCCUAUUCCUGGUACCAGCACCAGCGAGCCCAUGAUGACCCAGUAGCCCUGAAGUAUACCUUCCACGAGGUGAUCACAGCUGGGCCCGAUGCAUCCAUGAAGCUCCGUGCCCUCCAGAACCGCUGCCUAGUCCCCGGCUGGUAUGCCACCCACAUUGAGCGCUGGCUCAGCGCCUUUCACGCCAACCAGAUUCUGGUCUUGGAUGGCAAAUUGCUGCGAACAGAACCUGCCAAAGUGAUGGACACAGUGCAAAAGUUCCUUGGGGUGACAAACACCAUUGACUACCACAAAACCUUGGCGUUUGAUCCAAAGAAAGGAUUUUGGUGCCAGCUGCUCGAAGGAGGAAAAACCAAGUGUCUAGGCAAAAGCAAGGGUCGGAAAUACCCAGAGAUGGACUUGGAUUCCCGCGCCUUCCUGAAGGACUAUUACCGGGACCACAACAUCGAGCUUUCCAAGCUGCUGUACAAGAUGGGCCAGACACUGCCCACCUGGCUACGGGAGGAACUCCAGAACACCAGGUAGCCGUGGCCACCACGGCCAGACGGAAUGUGACGGCAGGGACGUCCCGCCACACGCUGAGCCAGACUGACCUGCGGAGUGCGGAGCUGGGCCCGGGCUGGCCGAGCACUUUCAAGCAAUACUCUGCUGCCGCCCAGGCAGGGCCACACGCGCCCCAGAGCAUCCAGCGCUGGGUCGGUGGCCUCUAGGGCCUCCUUCGCCAGCUGGGGUCCAUUCUGCUCACAGUCGUUCAUGGGGAGGCCACUUCCUGUUGGUGGAAGACCACAGGCUGGUAGGAGGGAGUCCAUGAGACUCUGUUUUCUGUCCUUCACUGUGUUCUAACCGCCGUACCCGCUCCAUCCCAUGACGCCUGCCCCAGUAGGGUGUCCACUCAGUGUUAGCUGCCAUGUUUUCCCCGUCCUCCAGACGACAAGGGGAAGAGCCCAGCUGGGCCUUUUGCCAGACCGGGGAGAGAGACUGGACAUGUCCCUGAUGUUUCAAGCCAGGCUCUGCAGAGGGGCCAGCUGGGAGCCCAGAGGCGGUCACUAGGCUGGGUGUGAACAUGUCCACCUUGAGAGAACGCUGGACCUCCACACCCAUUCUGGUUCAGACCUUUCCAUCCCACCUUCCCUCUUUGGGGAGAGAAUGGCUGGUUCCUACAGCACCCACCCAGUCCUCAAGGCCUCCCUCAGGGCCCUGGGGCACUGCCAUGCCAUUUGGACCCAGACACCCAGACCUCAACCCUACCCCCCUUCUUCCCCCUGGGAGAUGACAUGUGUGGUGUUUCCUGUGGUAAAAGACUGAGGCGGCCGUGGGGUCGGCCGUGUAUAUGUUCCAGUGUACAUAUGUUAUCCCUAAGCCCACCCGUCCUUGGCCCCUGGCAGACACUGGGCAGAGCUGGUGAGACCGCCAUCCCUGCUUUGCGCCAGCUACCUGUGGCUGAGGGUUCCUAGACCCCCUUAACCUCCCAAAUACUAAGAAGCUAAAGUAUUUUAAUUUUUUUUUUCUUGGUGCCAGAGUUUAUACCCUGGGUGCUGGGGUCGCACUGUGUUACAUAUAUAUAUAUAACAUGUAUAUAUAUAUAUAUAUAUAUUAUAUUUUUUUUGGUUGGGUUUGUUUUUAAUUGUCUUACAAAAUGGUGGCAAGCCCCAGUCCCAAAGGGUGUCAUAUCUCAGUGCUAGAGAAUGGGAUGGGGUGGGCAUGUCUUCAUGUGUUGCGGGCCUCAAGGACACAGUAUGGAAGUGCCCUUGGAAGGUCAAGUGCCGUGGCUGCCCCAGAGCUACCCCAGGUGAACAAGGGUGGUGAAAUGCAUAGGGAAGACCUAUUCUCUCCAGGAAAUCUGGCUUCAUAAAGCGCAGUGACCCUGGGGGACUUUUGGCCAAAGGAAACAGCCAAGGUUGGGGUAAGAGGCCCCGGGGCUGAAGGCUGGCCUGUUCCCCUUCCCCUCACAUGGUGCUAGGUUGGGAGCUGCCCUGGGACCCACAAAACUGUCUCCAGGCCCCCUGCAGACAAGGGGAUCUCUGGUCGAUUUUCUGGUUGGGGGCCUGCUGCUUCCCCCCUGCUUCUUGUAACAAUGUGAAGUGACUAAGGCUGGGGUGCCUUUCCCAAGCCCCUCCCACUGCCAGUUCAGCUUUGAACUGACACCUAGGAAAUCCUUUCUGGAGAGCCUAGUCUUGUUCAGAAGACUCCAGCAUGUUGGGGCUGAGGGGUCCUUCAACAGGUAUGGACACAGGUCCAGAAAUGGGGGGGGGCCUCCAGGGCUGAUGUCACAGAACUGAUUGGGAGCAGGGCCAAGAACUGAACUUGAGGCUCCUGAGGCUCCCGAUUCCGAGCCCAGUGCUCUUCUUCCAGUGCCACACUGCCUCUGAGCCCAUCCUGGGGACCCUACUCUGUGCCAGGUUGCUGUCCCUCCCUCCGUCACGCCCUUGGUCAUUCCAGGAUAUGGGGACAAACCACUCCUUCCCAGGGUGCCUUCGAGCCUUCUCAGUUCCAGAUCUGCAUCUGUAUCCCUGUCUUGCUCUCCCCACCUCACAAGGUCCUUCCCCAGCCUGGGAGCCUGGGUCUUAGUUCCCAGGGUCUCCACUGGGAUGGCGAAGGGGAAUGUUCUAUGGGGCCAGCUGCACGUGGUUCUCCUGUCCCCUGAGAGAAGGGUUCCCCUCAUGCUUCUCACCGGGUAACCCUGGGCGCUGUCAGCGCCUCAGGGACUGCGGAGCGGAGUGUCUGAGGACAGGGCGGCAUGCCUGCGUGUGCGCUCACAAAGACUUACCUGCACCCCAGCUUCCCAGCGUGGGCACAGCAGCCGCAGUGCAAAGCCCAGGCCUCGCUUCCCAUCUCUCAGCGUGGGGCUCGGUCUCCAUGACCCGUGAGGACCACACAGCUCCCACCGUCUUGAGAUCGUCCCUCUGGGCCUGGACAGGCUGCCCGGAGCCUGUCCUCGUGCUGGGGGGGCAGGUCUGCCCCCCUCGUCCUUGGGGCCUGAGGGGGAAACAGGCAGGUUUGAGGCUCUGUGGGAGCAGAGGAAAUACUGGAGAUGUUUGUCCAGGCCCUUCAGGGAGGCUGGAGGACGUGACCUGUCACACGUUCUAAGUCUGUCUUGUCACGGCUACUUUUCCGCUUCCCACUAACGAAUCUCUCGCUAGGACACACUGCCAGGACCUGUAGGCACUGGGCAGGGAAGUCCCUCUAGGUGCUCGCAGCUACUGAGCACGCAGAUCCCCCCGUGAGAGGAGAAAACCGGAGGUCAGCGGGGACAGCAUCCUUAGCACCUUCCCUGCUCACUGAGCCACUGGCCGAAAACAAGACAAGACACUCUCCCGUCCCCUCUGCCAUCUGCUCCACACACCUGGGCCUCAGGCUGGCUGCAGCUGGGAUGUGUCACCUGCAGCUGCCCGUCACUUAGGGCUCUAGAGCUGCCCACGGUGCGGGCAUCUUGUGCUUGGUGAAAAAGUCUGAGGUUUAAAGGCUGGUCUCUUCCGAGCCCCUAAGUAGGAGCAGCCAGUGCCUCUGGGGCCCAGCUGAGGAGGGAGCAGUGGUCUGUUCGCAGCAGCAGCAAACUGCUGGGCUGACCUGCAGGUAUUGAUGGUCCCAACAUUAAGAUGUCCUCACAGGUUUGUUAGGAGAAGGAGCAAGUAAAUGUACCAAAUAUUUUAAAAUGGACUCCCACUACCCACCAUUUAGACUUAAAAUUAACGUUUUGCCACCUUUUUGUCAUCUUCUCUCAGUACAUUUUUUCUGAACUAGCUUAAAAUUUGCAAAUAUAAUGAGACUACAUUCUCAUGCUAUUGGCCAAUAUCACACCCAAGACAACAGUAAUUUCCCAGCAACAUCUGCUAUUCAAACCAUAUUCAUAGUUCCCCCAAUAACUUAUACCUGGUUUUGGAAUCAGACUGGUUAAGGUACACGUGUUGCAUCUUGGAACUGUGUUUCCUAACAUUUCUUUCAAGCCAGUAAAGUUUCCCUCCUGCUCACUUUGGUUUUUUAAACGACAUUUCUGAGGCUAGCAGGCUGCUGUCUUGUCCCACGUGCUGGAUCUGUCUGUUUCUUCAUGGUGUCAUAGAACAAGUUCCUCUAACCCCUGUAUUGGCAAGGGUAGUUGAGGCUAUGGGGAUUGUUACCUCUUGUGCUGACUUGAAAACGUCAUUCUAGGAUGCCCCUCUGCUGUCACUUGUACCAAGUGCCAAAUCAGCAGAAGGGCCGGCCAGAGCUCCUGGAGAGGGUGAGGGAGGCAGCAUCACAGCUGGGCCUGGGAGAGUCUAGAAAGAAGAGGCUGCACACGUGGAGGCUGGACCAUGCAGUUUCGGGCCUGUUGGAAAUGAGACAUCUUGGGCUCAGAAGAUCCUGUGCUGCCUGCUUUGAUCCUGGUGAUGGACCACAGGGCACCAAACAUCCUCUCUCUCUGUUUUGUGGUCUCUGGGUUUUCACUUCCUGGAGGCCCAUGGUGUGUGUGCACUGGAGCAGAGCCAGCCCCUGGGAAAAGAAGGGCUCAGCGGGGGCCUGCCUCACCCAAGCUGUAGCUGAGAAGAGCACUGGGCUGGAGAUAGGAGAUGUGAAAUUUUGUCCCAGUUGAGUACAUUGAAUAGCUGAGUGACAGUUUCCCUCCCAGGGACUCAGUUGCCCCGUCUAGAAUGAGCAGAUGGGGCUACAGCGUGGAUUUUCAGACGUCAAAGAAGGAAGCAGGUCUGCUCUAGUUGAAGUGAUGAUGGAGGUCCAAGCCACCCCCCCCCCCCCCCCCCCCCGCCGCCACAAGGUUCCCAGAUUGGUCACCUGGGGCUCAGACGGCCAGAGAAUUUUUAGCUCCCACGAGGGAGAGGCAUAGGCUUUAUGUGGGGUCAAUGUUAAGGGCCUAGGGGAAACUCUGGCUGCGUUUUAUCCUAGUAAGUUCAUCCCUCCCUCCCUCCCUCCUCUCUGUGGCCCUUGAGGAGAAUGAGGGCGGAGAGGGUUUUCUAUGACUGUGCUAGCUUUUAUUAUCAGCAAGAGGGCUCCUUUUGUAAUUUGUGCAUGAAAUUCAUGUCAUUUCCUGGGGAGAGGAGAGGGCUGACUGGAGAGGGUGGGGGGCACGUUAGGGGAGCAGGCAGAGGUUUCCUCCUUGUGGGGGUGGGAGAGGAGUAGAGAUGGCGCUACCCCACGUACCUGAUCAGGGCUCUCAAACCAGCCGUUUUGGGUUGUGUUAAAAGUGGGAACCUUCCUCCAUUAAUGUACAAUCUCGAACUAACUGCUAAUAAAGUGGGGUUCUGUUUGUACACAUGGGUCAUGUCUGUCUGUCUGUCUGACCUGAAAAGGCCCGUGGGGAGAGUGGAGAGAAGGAUGUUUGCAUGCAUGCAUGGCCAGUCUGGCCACCCUUGUACACACAAGGUGACUUUGUCAAAUCAGAGAUCAAUCCCAUGGAUUAUAAACUGAAGCUUUUCUAGGUAGCAGGGGCCUGUCCCAGGACAGCCAGGUGAGGUGUCUCAGGUGACAGCCCUCAGCCACGCCAGAUGGUUGAGAAGUGCUGGGGAUGGAGCACCGCACUGAGAGGAAACCCUCAGUCUAGAACUAGUUCUGCUAUCACACACUAGUGUGUGAUGUGACUGGGACAAGUCACUCUCAUGCUUUGAAUCCUCAGUUUCCCUCACCUCUUAGGGGUGUGGAAGGAGUUGGACUCAACGGCCACUCUGGAGAACUUGCUUAAAAUGCAGAUUCUUCGGCUGUGCCCCCAGAGAUUCCUCACUGGUAGAUGUGGGGUGCGGCCCAGGCCCCUGCAUUUUAACAGCCUCUCCAGAACGCUGAGGCACCCCGCCCUGGGAAACCCUGGCUCAAGAGAGAGGGCUCCUACGGGUUCUAAUUAAUUCAGUUCCUAUGGAUUCUAAUUAAUCAGUUCUAAUUAAUUCUUCCCACUGUUGGAGGAAUGAAAAUUUUGGGUAAAAGAAAUGGCUUCCUAGCCCUCCCAGCCUGGUUGAGCUUGAGAUUUGCCAGGGCGGGGCAGAGGCAGGGAGCACAGGGGCAGGAGCUGCUCCCUCAGAGCCCCUGCAGAACUUUACCAAAUGCACAUCCCCAGGCUCCCCCAGCCCCGUCCUCUCAGUCAGAGCCUCUGGGAGAGAGACGCAGAAAUGUGGCUUGUCAGCAAAGUCCCUGCUGCACAGGAGGGGUGGGAACACUGCAUCAGGCCACCACGGGGGAGCCAGACACGCUCCGCAGAACCGUGGACGGCUGCUGUGGGGCGUGCUCGGACGCAGCUGGGACACAGCAGAACACCAGCCCCAGUGGCACAAGGGCAGCACUUGCAGACACCAUUUUGGGGUUUGUCAGCUGGGAACGUGGUACGUACGGGUUGUGGGGCAACAACAAGAACACGGGUGGAGGCUGCAUUAACGGGAGCAGUGGAUCCGCAUCACACAGGUGGGAUUCCUGUGCCAGGUAAGCGGUCAGCCUACAUCAGAUUUUUGAAUUUUUUUUUUUUUUUUUUGGCACAUGGGCU